GUGGACGUCAGUCGUCCAAAAUUUCUCAAUGUCGAGUCUACGAGAAAACCCUUAUGUUAAGUUAGCUCGAUUGGACAAACCUAUUGGCACGUGGUUGUUAUAUUUACCCGGUGCCUGGUCAAUUUCCCUAGCGUCGGAGCCAGGACAAGUUUCCGACUUGUGGCUUUUAAGUUUAUUUGGAAUGGGUGCUGUUUUAUUGAGAGGCGCAGGUUGCACUAUAAAUGAUCUCUGGGACAGUCGUCUGGAUGGUUUGGUAGAAAGAUCGAAAUCUAGACCUUUGGCUUCUGGCGUUCUCACAAAGAAGCAAGCCCUGUUUUUUGUGACUGCGCAGUUACUAGGAGGUUUGCCAAUAUUGCUAUCGUUGAAUAUGUAUAGUCAGGUUUUGGGAGCAAGUUCCCUUUUUUUGGUUACACUGUAUCCCUUAGCCAAACGGGUUACUUUUUGGCCACAACUCGUUUUGGGGCUUACUUUUAACUGGGGUGCUUUGCUUGGUUGGGUUGCUGUAAAGGGAAGUUUAGAUCUUCCUGCUUUGUACCUCUAUGGAGGAGGAGUUGCCUGGACCCUAAUAUACGAUACCAUUUAUGCCCACCAAGACAAACACGAUGACACGCGUGUUGGUAUUCGUUCCACUGCGCUUUAUUUUGGCGACAAAACCGACAGUUGGCUUUAUUUCUUCGCAGGCAUACAUAGCACCUUAAUGUUGCUCGUGGGUUACUUGGUAGAACAGACCUCUCCCUAUUAUAACAAACUACGAUAACCCUGAAGAAUGUGCCAAAAG